AGUACGGGUAACAGCGCUCAUUGCGCAGUUUGGACGAAGAAGUGAGAGACACCACGUGGCCUGUCGUGGCAAAAUGACCAUAAUCUUGCGAUUGCAAGGCCUGGAUGUAAAGGCAGGUACUGAAGAUAUACGGACGUUCUUCGAAGGCCUUCGCAUACCUGAUGGGGGAGUGUACAUAGUGGGAGGACGUCUCAAAGAGGCUUUUAUUGCAUUCACCACUGAGAGAGAUGCCCAGCUUGCCAUGCGGUACACUGAGAAAUUCCUCAAAGGAUCUAAGGUGAUUCUACACAUAAGCAGCAUGGCUGAACUGGAGCAAAAACUAAAGUCAUCAUUAAAGAGGAAGAAACAGUCCCACAUGCAGCCGUCUGUGAAGAGACCACCGUCGACUACAGAUGUGAAUGUGCUACCUUUGAAUGCACACCCUCUUAAUCCAAAUAGUGCAAAUCUGCCUCCGCCGAGUAAUCCUGAAAUUAAGAACCUCCAACUCUCAAAUGCACACUCACUUGAUUCCAAUGCUGCAUUUCUUCUUGGGUUUUGUACUGUCCUUCAAGGUCUCCAGUCAUCCCUUCAAAGUGAGAACAGUGUGGCACUGCCAAGAGUUGAUUCUCCCAAGGCCGACGACACAGAUGUGUGUGAUGAAAUGACACAAAAGCAAACUCUGGUCUCAAGGCCAGGCUAUGUCAGACUCUUUGGUUUGCCAGCCUCCACUACAAAAGAGGACAUAUGCCAAUUUUUCAAAGGGCUGACGGUACAGGAGGCCAUAGUGAAUGUUGAGUUGGGACGUAGCCACGCAUGCCUUGUGAAGUUUGCAAACGUGCAGGACGCACGUGAUGCUCUUCUCUUCAACCAACAGUCACUGGGCCCCAUCUGUGUGGAGGUACGUGGAGCUACUGAGAAGAUGUGGACUGCUUUUGCAGUUGGUGGGGAGAGUGUGACACCCAAGAAGAAACCUCUUGGUGGAACUGGAUACCUCACAGAAAAAAACACUUCUGCAAUGCAGUGCAAGAGACGAGCAUUCAACAACCAGUUCCCAUCACAAUCUCUAAAAAAGCCAAGACAUCCUCCAACUACGGAGUACAUUGUCAUGGUCAAUCAUAUUCCCAACAGUAUGACCAAGACUGAAAUAAAAGAAUUGUUUGGCUGUCCAAACAUUGCACACUACAAUAUACAACAUCUGCUUGACACGGAAGGCAAAAGGACAGCCACUGCUUUUCUUAUUUUUAACCGCACUGAGGAUUAUGAGUACGCAAUGAAUCUCACCGGCUGCCAUGUGGGCUCUAAUGCCAUUGCGGUCUCUUCAAUCACAAAAACAAUGAUGUGUGACAUGAUGGCCAAAACGCAUCACAAAAGUCUUGAGCAAUGUCCGAAGACCGGCACCGAGAAGAACAAACCAAAUGGAAAGAGUAAAUCAAAUCCAUUAGACACCGGAAGAGCCACCGAUCGUAAACCCGGACCCAGCAGCUAAGACGUGUCUGUCAGAAACAUGCCUGCAGAUGUACAGAAACACUGCAUAAAAAAACUUUUCCGUACAUACGGUGUGAAGGAGGGUAAUAUCAGCUCAC